AUAGAUAUCUUAAAUCCCGCUUUAAGUGAAUAAUUAUUAUGAAAAGAACCUCAAUAAAAUCUGGUUGAAAGAAUUUUAAAUAUAUAUUUUAAAAGAAAUUACGAAGAAAUGCUCUCGAGAAAUAUCUCUCUCUCGAUGCGACGGUAAGGAUUGAUUUGAUCCCCGAUUGCGGCGAGUUUUUAGAUCUGGAGGAUCUCAUCUUGAGAUUCUGGUUGGUUUGUUCUGGGUUCUCCUUUCAGGGUUUCUCUGAUUUCGGUUUCAAUAUAGCGGAUCUGUUUUUUCCUGUGUUGGGGAUCUUGGAAUUUCAAUGGGAUUUUCAUGGUGAUCUAAUGGGAGGGAAGGAAGGGGAACGGAUCCUUCAUAGCGGAUCUUUUGGUUGGUUUUCUUCCGUUGUGGAUCACGGUUCGUCUUCUCUCAGUUUGUCUAAAUGGAUAUGGAGAUUUUCGGCUGUGAUUAAGCAGUUUGGGGCUGAGUUGCGGGAGGUUUCUUUGGUGGUCCAAGUUUCCUUUUCUGGUUAUGAUUGGUCCUCGAGAUCCGCUGGUCAAUCACGAACUCAUCGUCCGGGUGCCAUCUGAGAAGAUGUCAGGGUCUGGUGGUAAGCUGAAGAUCAAGGUUCCUCGGUUCUAUAAUUCUGCGCUAAUCCAAGGGUAUGCUAAGACCCUCUUUGGUCGGUGUAUGAAUCCGGCGAUGCAGGACAUGAAGGCUCUGUUGUUCAUGCUGCCAAAGAUCUGAAAGAUUGAGGAGAGGGUUGUGGGUGCGGAUCUGGGAAUGGGGCGGUUUCAGUUUGAUUUUGAUCAAGAAGAGGACAUCAUCGAGGUUCUGAAAAUGGAACCCUAUCACUUUGAUCAUUGGAUGCUCUCCCUGGUUAGGUGGGAGCCAGUGGUGGAUCACAAGUAUCCCUAUCUUAUUAAGUUUUGGGUGCGGAUGAUGGGAGUGCCGCUUCAUUUUUGGGCUGAUGAGACGUUUCGCAGUAUUGGCUCCGAUCUGGGGGAGGUUGUGGAGGUUGAUAUUGACAAUGGUCGAGUUCAAGUCUUGUUUGAUGGUUUUAAACCAUUGGUGUUUGAAGCUGCUGUCGAGUUCCACAGUGGUGAAGAAACGUUGGUGAUUCUGAGGUAUGAGCGGUUAUAUGGGUACUGCAGACGGUGCUUUAGUUUGUGCCAUGAUGUAUCCCGUUGCCCUUUGUUUGGGAAUAAUGGGAAACAAGCACAGGCAAGUGGAACGGAUCCUCGUCCUGAGGAUAAGCUUCAAAGUUACAAGGGAGCAGUUGCAAGUGGUUCUAAUUCUGGUUCUGGUUCAGGGGUGCGUGGGGCACGGUCGGGGGAUCCUCAGGGCUAUGCUGUCGGAGGAGGACGGGAUGCAGGAGGUUGUCAGGCUGACAGUCACCGGCACAAACAAGGGUUUGGCCACAAGUCAAAGAGGGCUCGUAGGGAUUUUCAGCCAAAGGAGCAGAUUGCACAGAAGCCUUCGAUGGCGGGUACAACUGUUCCGGUUGUGGGAGAGGGUGUUGGUCCAGCUCAGGAAACUGAGGGGGAUGUGGGGAUCCAUCUUUCUGCUACAGAGCAAACGAUGUUGGAUGCUUUUUUGGUUUCUGCUGCGGAGGAGGUUGCUGUUCCUUCGAUUGUUGAGGCUUCUUCUGGUGAGGACAAUCGGGUAUGUAAGAACCUCUUUCCUGUUUCUGUAGCCCAGAAUGUCACCACUCGUGGGGUUAUGGCUCAGGAUCAGCAGGAGGAUCUUCUCUCGGCUGCUUUGAGUGAUUUGCUGGAUCAGGAGUUUCAUCUCCCUGAUACACGAGAGAUAGGCGGACUGGCUCCGAUUCUGGAGGAGCAUGGGGUCGCAACUGAGUUACCUUCUGAGGAAGACACACCCACAGCUGAUGAGGAGGUGACUUUUGUCACCAAGGAGUGUGGUCUAGGUGAUCCCCAAGUGCAAGGGGAUGCGGUUGUUGUGGAGGGUGCCACUACAGAUACUGUGCAUGAUUCUGCAGUUGAGGGUGGGGUUCCACCACCUAGGUUUAAGUCGGUCAAGACCAAAGGAGUCUUACCUGGUGCAAGCACAAAAAAAAGGAAUCUCUAUGCCUUAGCUUCGCCGCGCAAGAAGAUGGUUGCAUCGGUCUCAACUAUGGGAAUGGGAGUGCAAGAAACGCAAGUCCUAUCCAGGGAGGGAAGCCUCCAAUUAAUUUGGGUAGUUGAUGUUGAGUGUUUGUAUGAGUUGGCAUGGCGAGGGGGUUCCGUUUUUUCUCAUUCGUUUCUGGGUUUUACUCUGCAAAAGACUGGGUUCUGGUCCUUUUUGUGUCUUUUAGUUUUGUCUCUGUUUCUUGUAUUCAAUAAUACUACAAUGGGAGCUCCAUUGGUUUGUUUAAAUUUCUUGCUUUUGUUCCCCAUCUGUGGGUUUUUUGGUUGGGUUUGUUUCUGAGUUGUUGUAACCCUUUUGUAAGGAUAAUAAUAAAAACUUGCUGGUUUCUUUUCUUUUA